AUGUCCCAAGCUGAAGUGUCCUAUAGUUGUGGGUCUUGUGCAUACCCUCUGAACUUGUCAUCUUCAAAUCGUUUGACAUCUGGUUCUGGCAUUGGCUCUGAGUAUCAAAAGUCCGUCAAGAAAGGUUUUAUUUCAUUCCUCACAGUUGAUCUUAGUCGGUUCACGCAGGUUGAUGAGGUAAACUGUUUUCCUGUCUCUUGGGGUCGUUAUCGUUCAAAGACUAAACUCCUCUGCCGUAAAUGUGGGGUUCAUAUUGGUUAUGGUUAUGGAGACUCUUCUGCUCUUUGUGGUUUUGACUCUCCCAACUCAUCUACUUCAGCUUACAGAAAGUUCACUGUAAAAAUACGAGCUCUACAGCCUUCUGAAGACUCUGACCGUGAAUCCUUUGGCUUGACUUGCCAUCGCUGUCUUCGUAUUCAAAAUCUUAGCCGUCAGUCCUUACAUUUUCAAUGUUCAUUCAGCCAGCUUGACAUUUCCUCAUUAUCACAUUCGAAUAACCAUGUUAACAUCAGCACCUAUCAUCUCCAUAGGCUGCUUACUCGCUUUCAGCAUUUACACUCAUUGUCCUUAUCUGGCUGCACAGAGCUACCUGAUUCAAGCUUGGACCAUUUGGUAAAUUAUGGGUCAAAGUUGCACACCCUUAUUCUGGAAUGUUGUUUUUGUAUUACUAAUCGUGGGUUGUCUGUGGUAGCUACUGGUUGUCCAUCAUUACAAGUGAUCAGCCUUUACCGUUGCCAAAUUUCUGAUUUUGGGUUAGAAAGUUUGGCUAAUUCUUGCUCAAUUUUAAAGGAUGUGAAUCUCUCUUACUGCUAUUUUAUUACUGAUCAUGGGUUAAGAGCUCUUUCACAAGGCUGUCGUCAACUUCAGGCCGUUAAGAUAUCACAUUGUAAGGGCGUAACUGGUAUUGGCUUUAAAGGUUGUUCAUCAACUUUAGCUUAUGUAGAAGCUGAAUCAUGUAAGCUCAAGUCAGAGGGCAUUUCGGGAAUUGUAAGUGGAGGUGGGAUUGAAUAUUUAAAUAUAUCCGGUUUAAUCUUGUCCAAUGGUGGAAAUGGUUUGGCAACAAUUGGGAGUGGUUUUGCCUUCAGCCUUAAAAUUCUUAACCUUCGGCUGUGCAGAACUGUUGGCGAUGAGUCUAUUGUAGCAAUUGCAGAAGGUUGUCCACUACUUGAGGAAUGGAACUUGGCAUUGUGUCAUGGGGUCAGGAUAGUUGGUUGGUCUUCUAUUGGGAUGAAUUGCCACAAACUGGAGAAACUCCAUGUGAACCGGUGUCGGAGUCUAUGUGAUGGUGGAUUACUGGCUUUGCAAAAUGGUUGCAAACAGCUCUCUGUUCUGUACAUGAACGGUUGUUCUAGGAUUACUUCAACAGCAAUAGAGUUGUUCAAAUGUUAUAGGAGUGAUGUUACCAUCAAGGAAGAAGAAAAAAUGUGUAUAGGGGCCUAUGUGGGCAUUUAG